AUGUAUAACGUUGGAGACAUUCGCCAAAUGAUGAAUAUGAUUGUUACCAAGACUGGACUGUUUUCUCUUGUGUGGUCCUUAUUCUGUGCCUCAAGUCUCGCAUCACCACCAGAAUCACUUCAACAAGUAAAUCUGCUGUAUCGCCAUGGUGAUCGCAGCCCUGUGUUUGUGUAUCCAACUGAUAUCAACCAGCAAGCAGUUGCCUGGCCAGAUGGACUAGGAUGGUUAACUAAUAUCGGCAAACUGCAACAUUAUAAGCUAGGACAAUAUCUACGGUCACGCUAUGAUGGAUUUCUGAACACAUCUCACUACAAUCAUCAAGAGAUUUCAGUACAGUCAUCGGGAGUUGAAAGGUGUCUCAUGUCUGCAUACUGUAACCUGGCAGGAUUAUUUCCGCCUCAAGGUGAUCAGCUUUGGAAUGAAAACAUUCCCUGGCAGCCUAUCCCAGUGCAGACAAAGCCAAUAGCAGAAGAUAAUAAAUUGGCAGAAGGAGCUUCAUGUCCCAGGUACAACCAGCUGUAUCAAGAAGUGCUGAACUCAUCCGCGGUAAAGAAGGAAGAACAGGAUAACAAGGACUUUUAUAGAAUGGUUGAAGAAAAAACAGGUGUCAAACAAGAGUCCAUUUCUGAUAUCUGGCAGAUUAUUGAUACGCUGGUGUGCGAGCAAGCUCAUAACCUGACCUGGAAUGAUUGGGUAACGCCUGAUGUCUGGAAAAAGUUGGAGUCACUAAAACCUCUUGGCUUUGACAUACAAUAUGCAACACCAGAGAUGAUCAAGUUAAAGGGAGGUCCGCUGCUGAAAGAAAUUAUUGGCAAUAUGGAGGCUAGUAAUCUUUCAGAUACAACAAAACCGAAAUUCUACAUGUACUCAGCUCAUGAUACAACUGUAUCAUCGUUGCUGGGUGCUAUGAAGGUAUUUGACAGCCAGCAGCCAAUAUAUAGAGCUCUGGUGAUUGUGGAACUGCACAGUGUUAACAAUGACACCGAUGUCCGGGUGUUUUAUAAAAAUGACACCGAUAGAGAGGCAUAUGAGCUGACAGUUCCAGGUUGUGGAUCACCUUGUACAUUAGAAAAGUUCAGGGAAGUGACUGCUGAAAAUAUACCAAGUAAUUGGACUGAAGAAUGCAUUGCAAAAAAUAUUCACUCUUCUUUCAAUACUUUGACUCCUGAUCUGUGCCUUGUUCUAUGUUUUGUUCUGGUUUACAGAUCUGUGUCUUGUUUUAUGUUUUGUUCUGGUUUACAGAUCUGUGCCUUGUUCUAUGUUUUGUUCUGGUUUACAGAUCUAUGCCUUGUUUUGUUCUGA